UUCACAUAUCAUCAUCGGUAGUGAAGAUUUUUGAUCCAUAGCGCCAGGAAACCAUGGCUUCCACAGGCUCCCCUCUGCUCCAGACGCUCGUGGUCCCUGAUGUGCGCAAUGCGCAUCCUAUGUCCUGCAAGGCGCACGUUUCUACUCCGGUCCUCAGCCGGAGGCGGUGUCUGGUCCUGCUAACGACGGCUCUGACGGCGAGAGAAUUGCCGUCGAGGGCUCAGGACAUUCCCCUGUUCGGGCUGAGAAAGAAGCUGGAGAAGGUGGAGGAGGAAGCGGAGGAAAUUCUCAAGGAAGGGAUCGAGGUGGCGGAGAAAGGAAUCGUAACGGCGGAGAAGGGAAUAGAGAAGGCGGAGAAGGGAAUAGAGACGGCGGAGAAGGAGAUAGAAACGGCGGUGAGUUAUAAUGGAUUGACUCAGGCAGGGGCGGUGGCGGGAGCGGAGGUAGUAGGGGUUUUAGUGGCAACUUCAGUUGUGAAUGCAAUCUUGGGGCCUGAAGCUCAGAAAUCAUAAGCUUCUGUGGUUGCGUUUGUGUAAUCCAAACCUUCAAAAAUGUAAUGGCAUCGUCUGUGAAUUUAUGGAAUUUGCGUUACAUUGAUGGCAAUUUUUGAUAUGUAAAUCACCAAUUCAUGGUCCUUGUUCA